GUUGGGGGUAGAAGCCUCCCAUGAGGUCACACAGCCCCUGAGGAGCCCCAAAGUUCCCUGAGGAGUCCCACAGCCCCCUGAGGAGUCCCACAGCCCCCCAGGGGUCACACAGCCAGGCUGUGGUGGGCAGUGCAGGCACCUGCAGCCUCACCAUGGCAUGGACACGAACAGCCCUGAAAAUCCUGCUGCCCCUGGCCAUCCUGGUAGCCCUGGGAGCCCUGCUGGCCCCCGGGGACGAGUGUUCCCCUGAUGAGUCAGAGCCAUCAGACCAAGGCAUGGAUGGAGGCAGUGGAGAUCCAGAGGCUGGAUCUGACUCUCCUGGAUUCUACACGAGUUUUGAUUUGUUUUGGGAGCUGCCAGCUCAAGGCCCAAAUGUGAGUGAGGCAUCUCCUGCAGGUCAGAAGAACGAAACUGGAUUGGGAAACAUUUCCUGGCCAUUAAUAGAACAGCCUGAAUUCCUGACUUUGCUGAAGGAAAGGCUUUCAGUGCUGGAGCCUGAGCCUGUGGACCAGGAGGUACCUGAGGCAGUGCCAGUCCCUGAGGGAAACAGUGAAGCCCUUGAGCCAACAGAGCUUUGGGCAUUUCCUCCAGGUGUGGAUGAGAGAUUCAGCAGGGCUGAGGACGCCAGGACAGACCCAAGCCCUGACCCCAAGUUUAGCAUAGCUGAUGCUAAACUCACCUUGUGUGCCUUUGUGAGAGCCUUCUUCGUGUUCUCUAUGAUCUGCACCCUGGUUACCCUGCUGCUCUUCAAAAUAACCCCUGCAUGGGCAAAGUGCAUAAAAAAGUGCCUCAUGUAUUCCAGACCCAGUUCUGAGCUCCCAGCAGACAAGGAAUUAGUAGUAGAAGUCUAAAUAAAGAUAAAGAGCACAGUGGUCUGUGGAAAAGUU